UUUUUUUUUCCCUCAAAUUGUAUUUUGAAGACAACCAAAAGAACGUUUUCUGGGAGUGGCUGUAUAUGAUAUACCCGGUGGCCAAAGUGAGGAGAACAGCUGAAGGGGGAAGACAGAGCGUCUGCUGCUGAAAGGAGCAAAGACUGAGGGCUGCAGGAUGAAGACCUCUGGAACCUGUAUACUGCUGUGUCUCUUAUCACUUUCUUUGUCCCCAGCUGACUGGUAUCCAUGGGCAGUACACGGGCAAGAUCCAGAGUCCGUAACUGAUGAUCCUAACACUGACUUGCUCAUCAGCACCUCAGCUGCAGUUGUAACACCACUUGUCCUUCUUAGCCCUGUUCAAUCUGACACGGAAGCUACGACAGCUGCAUCAGAUUGUCGGGAAGAGCAGUUCCCUUGUACACGCCUCUAUUCUGUUCAUAAACCAGUGAAGCAGUGUAUCAGCUACCUCUGUGUUACCAGUGUGCGUCGCAUGUACAUAAUAAACAAGGAGGUGUGCUCUCGCAUUGUCUGCAAGGAGAAUGAGGUCAUGCAAGAUGAGAUCUGUCGCCAGCUGGCUGGCCUUCCUUCUCGACGUCUGCGCCGCUCUGGGCGGCCCCUGAGCCUCCCUUGCAGACAGCUCCUGGACCAGCAACGCAAAAGGCCUGAUGCUCUCUAA